CAACAUUCUUGGAUCGAUAUUUGAGCAGAUAACAACAUGAAAUUGAUCAUCUUGGCUGCGUUCUUAGGAGUAUGCGCCGCGGGCGCCCUCCCGGCGUACGUGCCUUCCCAGUAUCGUUAUUACCCAGAUGGCAGGCCUAGAGCUGCGUUGGAAAGAAACGCAGCAAUUCUGAGGUCUAACUCCGAAAUUAAUGAGCGGGGAUACCGAUAUGCUUAUGAAACGGAGAAUGGAAUAAAAGCUGACGAAGCCGGUGUUGAAGCGAACGGUAUACAAGCUCAAGGUGGGUACUCGUACGUUGGGGAUGACGGUCAAGUAUACAGCGUGAGGUACACUGCCGACUCCAACGGGUUCCAACCGCAGGGCGCACACUUGCCUACCCCACCGCCCAUACCCGAAGCUAUUGUAAGGUCGCUGCAAGAAAACGCACGAGCUGAAGUCAGUGGCGUUUAUGAUGAUGGCAGCUACCGCGGGAAGUAUACUGACGCGUCUGGGGUUGUUUUAAACCGUUACAACUACCCCUACAGACGUUUCUUCACCCCCUACAAGACGUACCAGUAAAGCAAAUCAUAACGACGUGCCAUUAAUCUCUAGUUUAAAAUUGUAUAGUCCUCUUAUAACGAAAUAAAUGAAAUUUGUAUUCUUUUAAA